AUGACUAACCACCAAGAAAAUGAUUUUUAUAGCAAAUUUUGGGACAAGCCAAAGCAAGUUAUGGCUAAAGUUGUAGAUACAUAUGGAAAGAUAUGGCAUGGUGAGUAAAGGUUUCUUUCAUACCAAUUAUUCCAUCUUAUGAGCCACUAUACUUUCAUAGUACUGAGCAUCAGAAUUUCAGGCUUCAAGCACUGGAACAAUAGUUGCCACAGUGCAUCAGGAGUGUAGCUCUGAACCCACCUUGGGGUCACAACAGCUACAAGUUUGGUUUGGCUUCAUAAGGAUCAAAACAAAGCCAUCAAUAUUUAUUUAUGUAAUAAGCAAUCAUAAAGAAAUACAAAACUUUUUAUGAGGUAUGAAAUUAAGACAUAUCACAGAAGAAAGGGUCAAUUGGUGACUGCAUAAACACCAUACAUUUAAUCACCUUUGAAGCAUGCCUCAUCUCCAAAAGAAACUUGGGGGAAUGUUGCUUACACCCAGUGCUUUUUUCCUGUCGGUACACAUCAUCGGUACAUUGUACUGCCACCUCUUUUUCCCGUGCCACCAUCUUGCUGCCACUUGCCCAUCCCCCAUUCACUCCCCCUGCACCUUUGCUGCUUUCUCCUCCAAAAUCUCUACUGCUUCCCUCGGCUGCAGUCAUGCCAGAGCCGAGGCACUUUGGCCAUUGUAAGAGUCAUGCCAAAGCACCUCCAGGAGGAUUCCCCUGCAGCCACGGGAAGCAGCAGUAAUGGAGGAGGAGGAAGAAGCAGCAAAAUAGUACCUCGGGUUAAGAACUUUGCUUCAGGAUGAGAACAGAAAUCACGCGGUGGCGGCGGCGGCAGCAGGAGGCCCCAUUAGCUAAAGUGGUACCUCAGGUUAAGAAUGGUUUCAGUUAAGAACAGACCUCCAGAACGAAUUAAGUUCUUAACCUGAGGUACCACUGUAGCUGUCUCAAAGGCUGGGCAAAAAAUGUUUCCACCUAUGCCCAAAUGUAAGCAAGGAAAGAACAUUUCAGGAGAGUAGGUGUCCCCCUUAUUUAAUUCUGUGACCACCACAGAGUAAGCUCUAUUUCCUGUGGAUGACAACCUAGCACCCACAAUGCUUGAGCAUAUAGCAGAGUUUUUUACCUGACCUUUAGUUUUUCUGAACCACAUUGUUUUCCUCCACUAAAAGAUGAUGAUAUCGUAUUUAGUUUCAUCAAAGCAAUAUUUAUUUGUUAAACUUUGUAUUAUUUUCAGGUUAUGAAGUUAUGGACAUGGAACGUCUCCCUAAAGGUCCAGGGAUUAUUAUUCUCUACCAUCCACCUUUUCCUAUCAACUAUAUAUUAUUUCUGACUAAACUUUAUAAAAAGACAGGGUUAUACUGCCAUUCAGUAAUUGAUCACAUGUUGUAUUGGACGCCAGGUAAAUGAUUUAAAUUCAAAUCAUGCCUUUUUAGAUAAAAAUGUAUAAAAUAUGACAUAAAACAAAGGGAUUAAAUAUAAAACAGUGCAUCAGGCAAGCAGGUAAAAAGCAACAGAAAAUAAAAUACCACCAAUAGGUGAAAUUGCACUCAGUCUCACUCUAUUGCUUACCAGAAAAAGAUUACUCCAAGAACAUGUGAGCAAAAGAGGAACUAGCAUAAAGGUCACCUUUCAUGAAAUCAUGAAGAAGAUUUGCAGAGAGCUGUACUUGUGAUCCAUAAUAGUGCAAUAUCAUUUGAAUAACGACACUUAUUCACACUAUUUCCUAAAUAAGAGUUAUAUAAAGUUCAUUUUUCUGUUUGGGGUUUAUUUUUUUAGGGAUGAAGAUAAUGUGUGAUGUUGUCUUAUUGAGAGAUUUCACGAAUGCUGAAUGUGUGGAAAUUCUGAAGAAAGGCUAUUUAUUGGGCAUUAUACCUGGUGGAGCUAGAGAAGCAAACUUUAGUAAUGAUUACAGCUUAAUGUGGGGUAACCGCACAGGUUUUGCUCGGAUAGCUUUGGAGGCGAAAGUGGUGAGUGACCUUUGGGCAAUUUGCAUUGACCUCAAGAUUAUCCUGGAAAUGACGUAUGACAUAAUGUGUUAAAAUCCUUGAUCUAGCAUCCUAAAUAGCCAAGAAUGGCAAACAUCCUGUUUUGGUGUCAAAUGAUUAUCUGGAGAGCCACAAAUCAGUGGCAUUUGGAAAGAAAAACAGCUUUUCUUUCUUUUUUUCUCUUCAAUUCCUGAAAAUCUGGGGGAUAGCUUGUGAAAUUUCUUCAUCUGAGAUAUCUGAAUUGAAGCCAAUUAAAUAAUUUAUGAGUUGCCUGUCAUUAUAAUACCAAAUGUGAAGCAUUCUUCCUAGUCUUUAACAAAAAUAAAGGCAGGACGGUUGGGGGGAAGUAGUUAUCCAGUUCUCGCCUUUCUUUUCAUUUUUAUUCCAUCUUUUAUCUUUUAGCCCAUCAUCCCUAUAUUUACCCAAAACAUGUGUGAAGCAUACAGGACCAUUGGAAAGACAAGUGAGCUAAAUAUCCUAUGUUCCUUGGUUGACCAAGAGCUCUGAUAUCAGGCAAUAAAUAUUUUAGUAUUUUUUUUUAAAAAGAAUAUCUAUUUAUUACCUACUAGUAGAGUUUAUUCCAUGUACACUUAUCUGCAAAAAAGCUGUGCUGCCUGCCUCAGAACUGAGUGAACAUGUCCUUGCUUAGUUUCCCAUUAAAUUUAAAACAAAGCUACCACAGAUAAAUGUGGUAGCAACCCUAACAUGGAGGGGAACUGAGCAGAAAACAUACCAUAUUCUGCAGUCUAUUGCACAACCUAUGACCCUGAUUGCAAAGCAUGAGAAGAGCUGACUGAAUAUCUUGCAUCUCUUUCCCAAAGCACUUAUGUUGUGUAUUGAGUCAAAGGAUUUUAUAUCUGUAUUAUUAUUGUCUGUAUUUGCAUUAGGGUAAAGUAACUGCCUUUUGGUUCCAGAGGGUACAGCUACUAUUGGUUCAUUUAAGCUGCUGUAUUCGGAUCCUCUGUCUUACUGGUUCCCUCCAAAAGGCAGGACUGUGAUUGCCUGAUAUUGUUCCCUCCAAAAUGUAUCCUUUCUUGCUAGUUCCCUGUCCCUAUAAAUGUAGCUUUCCUCUCCCCAGUCUUCAGUCUUGUUGCUUUAAUAAAGAAGUGUUACUAGAGAACUGUCUCCAGCAUGUUAUAUCAGGAGAGCUGAAAUCACAAACCCCACGUCACAACACCUGGCGACGAAGGUGGGAUCCGGAAUGCUGAGGAGCGGUUAAACGCAGCCCUGCCUCAGAGUCCGGAUUGCAGCUAAGAACAAGACUCACUGACCAGCUGAGAAGACGACCCUGCCACAGGACAAUGGAGAGUCCAAGGGUAUUGGAGCCCUUCCAGCCAUCAGAGCCCGACACGUGGGAAGACUACGUCGAACGCUUUGAGUUCUUCGCAGAGGCUCAAGGGAUCACCGAUGCCAGCAAAAGAAGGGCCACAUUCCUGAGCUACUGUGGGCCUGAGACAUUCAAGCUGGCCAAGGCGUUGCUUGCUCCAGCGAAGCUAAGUGAGACAUCUCUCAAAGAUAUCCUUGCCUGCCUAACAAGCCACUUGGCGCCUACUGAGACCAAGAUGGCUCGGCGGAUGGAGUUUCAUAAGAGGCAGCAGCAUGCUGGGGAGUCUGUAUCUGCAUUUCUGGCUGAACUGCGGAAGCUCGCUCAGCACUGCGACUUCCAAAAUCUGGAAGAGACUCUCCUGGAUCGGUUUAUCAGUGGUCUGAGCAGCAAGAAGGCCAGAAGACGCAUCGUGGCUAAAGAAGAGGUUACCCUUGCUUCAGCCUUGAAGGAGGCCACCGCCACGGAGAAUUAUGAAAGAGAGGAGCUUGAUGCCAGUCGCAAGGCCCCUAAGCCACAGAUAGAAGUUGCGCAUGCCAUGGACGAGCUAGAGGCUACUCCGAGCCAGAGCCCAGUCCGUGGGGUCGAGUCAGUGAGUCAGGCCUGCACAGUGCACAAAGAUCACCGAGGCAGGUGCCCAGGUUGUGGCGGAAACCAUGAGCGGAAGAGUUGUCGUUUCCGGGAUGCUAUGUGCCGGACGUGCGGGAAGACAGGUCACAUCGCCAGAGUCUGUAGAUCGGCGGCGUUGGGAGCGACAGGAGCACCUAGACCGGAGCAUCGCAGACCGCCUGCAGCAACCCAUUUUCUAAAGGACUGCCACUACAUUACGGAGAUCAACGGGAGGGUCGUGCAGUUCCCAGCACAAGGCAAGGCACACGUCAAGGUGAAGAUUGAGGGUCAGCAGUGCGACAUGGAGGUGGACUCCGGAUCUGGAUUCACUAUCGUGUCGGACCAGACCGCGAGGACAUUCUUCCCCAGGGGUAAGUUGCCCCCUCUGGAACCCUUCCCGGCAACCUUGCAGUCAUACUCAGUGGGCCGCAUCCAUGUUAUGGGAAUGUGUGCCGUGAGAGUACAGUUCCGGGACAAACAGGCUGUACUCAAACUGGUGAUUGAGAAGGGCAGUCGCCCCAGUCUCCUGGGCACUGACUGGUUUCCCGCCCUGGGACUGAGUAUAUCAGGACUUAAUUCAAUCCAAAGCUGCCCUGAGAUGAGCGAGGCAUUAUGCAAAGAAUUUGCUGGUCUCUUUAAUGGAAAACUGGGUUGUUAUAAAGGGCCCCCAGUUGACUUCGAGUUGGACCCUGGGGUGGCCCCAAUCCGACUCAAACCAAGGCGAGUGCCAUUUGCACUGCAACCCAAGAUCGAAGCAGAGCUGGAUAAAUUGGUCAAGCAGGGAGUUCUUGCACCCGUGGACUCUGCUAAGUGGGAGACUCCAAUCGUCACGCCCCUUAAAGCAAAUGGGGAAGUCAGGAUCUGUGCAGAUUACAAAUGUACUAUCAAUAAGGCACUCAGGGGAAACUCAUACCCCAUUCCAGUCGUAUCACAUCUGUUGGCUAAACUGGCUGGGGGCAAGGUGUUCGCCAAAAUUGACCUGGCACAAGCUUACCAACAGCUGCCAGUAACCCCACAAUCAGCGGAAGCACAGACUAUUGUCACACAUAAAGGGGCGUUCAGAGUUAACAGAUUACAAUUUGGAGUUUGUGUGGCCCCAGGGAUUUUUCAAGGGCUCAUGGAACACCUGUUAAGAGGUCUGCCGGGGUCUUGCCAUUCUUGAUGACGUUUUGAUUGCUGGAAAAGACCCACAGGAACUGGUUGCGCGUGUUCGUGCAGUGUUGCUCAAGUUCAAGGAGGUGGGGUUGCAACUGAAAAAGGAAAAAUGCAGUUUUGGGGUGCCAACUGUGGAUUUCUUGGGGUUUAAAAUUGAUGCAUCAGGCAUCCACCCCACAGAUGCUAAGAUUAAGGCCAUCAUCGAGGCGCCAUGACCACAGAACAAGACGGAGUUGCAGUCAUUCCUGGGACUUAUUAACUUUUAUCAUUCGUUCUUACCCCAGAAAGCUUCGGUAGCUGAACCAUUACAUAGACUGUUGCAGAAAAAGACUGUGUGGCGAUGGGGGCAGGGGCAGCAGAAGGCUUUUGACUCCUUGCGAGGAAUGCUGAGUAGCAGGAGUGUCCUUGCUCAUUAUGACGAGUCAAAGCCUCUGGUCCUGGCAUGUGAUGCCUCUCAAUACGGCCUGGGGCGGUGCUAAGUCAUAGGGAACCGGAUGGGUCGGAAAAGCCCAUCUCUUUCUAUUCCCGUACGUUGUCGCCCACGGAGCGCAACUAUGCUCAAAUUGACAAAGAGGCGCUUGCAAUUGUGGCAGGAAUCAAAAAGUUCCAUGAUUAUGUGUACGGUCGCCAUUUCUACAUUGAAACGGACCACAAGCCACUGUUAGGGUUGUUCAACCCGAACAAACAAACGCCACAAAUUCUCUCCCCCAGAAUGUUACGUUGGUCUAUAUUCCUGAACGGGUUCCAGUACACCUUGACCCAUGUGCCAGGGAAACGGUUGUGCCACGCGGAUGCGCUGAGUCGAUUGCCCCUUCCUGGCGGGAGCACUGAGGAUCCUGCUCCAGCGGAGCACAUAAUGAUGCUGGAAACACUUCCGGGGGCUCCUGUAACGGCUACUGAUAUAGCUGAGAAAACGAGGAAAGAUGCUGUUCUCUCCCGUGUGCUCACUUGGGUGGGUGGCCAGGUGGUCCGCAUGAAGACAAAUUCAGGCCUUAUGCGACUAGGCAGCACGAGUUGUCCAUGCAUAAGGGUUGUCUCCUGUGGGGAGAUAGGGUCAUCAUCCCAGCACCACUGAGAAACAGGGUUCUUGAGACGCUUCACAUGGGACACCCGGGAAUGGUCAGGAUGAAGUCGCUAGCCCGAUGUUAUGUGUGGUGGCCUGGAAUGGACCAGAACAUAGAACAAUGGGUACAAACAUGCAAGGCAUGCCAAGAGGUGCGGCCAGAAGUGGCCAGAGCACCAGUCCACUGGUGGGAGCAGUCCAGAUCUCCCUGGAGCCGGCUGCACUUAGAUUUUGCUGGGCCAUUCCAAGGAAAGGUCUUUUUGGUUAUCGUUGAUGCAUAUUCCAAAUGGUUAGAAGUGGCGAUGGUCCCUAGCAUGGCAUCAGCUGCCGUCAUCAAGGUGUUGAGGCAGCUGUUUGCAACCCACGGGUUACCUGAGACCAUUGUAUCAGAUAAUGGGGCAGCUUUUGUAUCCCAAGAAUUCAGGGCAUUCUUGGCUGAUAACUUCAUAAGAGGGGUCACAUCCGCGCCCUUUCACCCAUCCUCCAAUGGGCAGGCUGAGCGCAUGGUAAGAACAGCCAAAGAAUCCAUUGCGCGCUUAAUGGAGGGUAACUGGUCAGCUCGCAUCGCGCGAAUGUUAUUUUUGCAGCAUGCGACGCCGUGUACCACAAUGGGCAAGUCGCCAGCUGAGCUGCUCUUGGGUAGGAGACUGGUAACGGUGCUGGAUUACCGGUAUGUCCACCCGGAUAAAAUGCCAAACCAUAAUUCAAGAGCAACCCCCCAGGCUGAGACUGACACAACAAGGUAUCUCGCCCCUGAAGAUCUGGUCUGGGUGAGGAACUAUUCACGAGGUUCGUGGUGGGUGGCUGGCGUGGUCACCCGGGCUAGUGGACCUGUGUCCUAUUAUGUGACCUUGGAAAACGGGCAAGUGUGGAAGAGACAUAUAGAUCAGCUGAGGCGCCGGGCGCUCAGCAGGGAGGAGCCAGAUAAUUCAUCCCAGGCUAACGACGCAGAGCCGCAAGACCAGAGUGAAAAUGGCCCAGAGGUGCAAGCACCAGGGGCUUUAACAAAUGAACCAGGGUCUGCUAGUCCUCACGAUGACGAGGUACAGAUAGGGGACCCUGAGAUGUCGGGGACUCCAUCUGUUCCUGACGAAACCCCUAGAGCAGCCCCUCUACCACAGGUAACACCCAAUCCAGAACCUGCAACACCUGUUGUCAGGAGAUCAAGUAGAAGUUGUAGGCCCCCACAGUACCUGAGAGAUUACGUCUGCUGUGCUCACUAGGGGGGAAAGGGUGUUGUGUAUUGAGUCAAAGGAUUUUAUAUCUGUAUUAUUAUUGUCUGUAUUUGCAUUAGGGUAAAGUAACUGCCUUUUGGUUCCAGAGGGUACAGCUACUAUUGGUUCAUUUAAGCUGCUGUAUUCGGAUCCUCUGUCUUAUUGGUUCCCUCCAAAAGGCAGGACUGUGAUUGCCUGAUAUUGUUCCCUCCAAAAUGUAUCCUUUCUUGCUAGUUCCCUGUCCCUAUAAAUGUAGCUUUCCUCUCCCCAGUCUUCAGUCUUGUUGCUUUAAUAAAGAAGUGUUACUAGAGAACUGUCUCCAGCAUGUUAUAUCAGGAGAGCUGAAAUCACAAACCCCACGUCACAACAACUUAUAUUAUUUAACUCUUCCACGCUGCGAUGUAUGGAUUGUAACUGCCAAACACUCAGAAUGCCAACUAAUUUGAAAUGCUUUCCUAAUCUUCUUCCAUUUCAUACACAGGGCUGACAAAAUGGCUGUAUGAGAAAACUCGAUGUAUAUUCCUUCCCGCUUAUGGAGGGUUCCCAGUGAAAUUGAGGACAUAUGUUGGAGAACCCAUCCCAUAUGAUCCAAAUAUAACUGCCACAGAGCUGGCUGAAAAAGUAAGUGAACCCUACACUUGGAAGUAAAGAAGCAGAAUAUUUUUUCCCUGUUGGUUUCUCUCUCUUUCAGUUCUAAAUUGUAUUCUGCGUACAGUGGUACCUCGGGUUACAGACGCUUCAGGUUACGCGUUUUCGGGUUGUGUACCACGCCGAACCUGGAAGUUCGCGCUGUGCGCAUGCGCAGAAAUGCCGAAUCGCGACCUGUGCGUGCACAGAUGCGGCGCUGCAGGUUGCAAAUGUUGAGGGUUGCAAAUGUGCCUCCCACACGGAUCACGUUCGCAACCUGAGGUUCCACUGUACUCACUUCCUCAUUCUAUAUGACCAGAGAUAGGGUUCAUUAUAUACACUUUUGUGCAUCAUUUUCCUUGCUCAGUUUCCCUCUUCUUAACUUGUUCAGACUAAUUAAAUGGGAGAAACUAUGCAUUUUAUCUAGUGCAGCACAAAGAGAGAUCUGCUCACACAAUGGAAGUUUUUCUCCCCCACUAUAGAAGGUCCCUCUAAGUCACCCCAGUGCCAAUUUUUGAGGGUGGUGAGAGGGCUGAAGAGGAAAACAAUUCAUUGUACACGUGGAUGUGUGUUGCAUGAGCCGAACUGCACUGUUGGAUACCGCUCUCUUUAACAGCCAUGAUUCCAAUCCAAUGAGCUACCAACCCUGAAUCUCCAACACAUUUUUCGUUAGCUAUUGCUUGUGCAUCAUCAAUCUCCUAAAUGGGAUGCUGUUUCACAGAAGACAAUUUUAAACACAGGUGCCAUCUUUAUGGUAAACUCUGGUAUUACAUUAUAGUGUGACAAUAAAUCAUUCUUAAAGAGUGCUGUUGGUUAGGACUGUUUAAAAGAAGCUCAACAAUUUUGGGGCCUUCCUAAACGAGAAAACCAGGGUAAACAUGAAUAAAAUGGGCUGGAUUCACAGAGAGAUGAGCGGUUGUAUUGUAGAGUUUGCUGGCCCUGGCUCCUCUUGCUCAACCCUCCAUGCCUAAAAAGCUGCUCUUGAGUGUUGAUACACAAGGCCUCUCACGAAACACAUCUCUGAAUACAAAUGACUGGAUUUACAUUUGCAGCAUCGUCCCUCAAAAUAAAUUCAGUUGCUUACAUUUACAUUUUUGCUGGAAAGAAGGAGAUUCUGGAUGCCACAGAUUCUGAUGUCUUUUGCUUUUUCCUCACUGAUAUUAAUAACUGUGAAUAUCUAUUUUGUUUUUCUUUCAACAGGCAAAGACUGCACUUGAAAAUCUUCGGGAUAGGCACCAAAAAAGGCCAGGAAAUAUAUUAAGAGCUCUUUUAGAACGAUUUGAUAAGCAUGACAAAGCCAACUAG